AUGGUGACGGGGCACUCGAAUGACCCGAGCGGGGCGGCUGGCUCGGAGGAGGGUCGUCUACAGGCCAGACGCAGCGGCAACAACACAGGCGGUAACAACGCAGGCGGUAACAUGGGCAACCCCACCAGCGGAAACAACACCCAUGGCCACACCCACAGCAACCGUCACCGCGACUGCGGCGCGGAGAGGGCACCCCCGAGCGGCAUCCUGAAGAAACAGAGCAAAGGACAAGCUAAGACAGUCCAGCUGGCCACCAGUCCAGGGGCAACCCCCCACGACCUGGAAGGAAAAAAAAUGACCGCAGAAGCUUCAUACGAAAGGGAAGAAGAAGAAGAAGAAGACAUUUACAGAAGCGUGUACGAAGUGACCCCGAAUGCGGAGCCCAACUUUUUUAACUGUGACACUGUUCCUUGGAUAUCUUCGUUUUUUUCUCUCAAGGAAGAAGAUUUCACCAUUUUUGGAAACACGCUGAAGAAGAGAAAUAUUUUUAAGCGAUGCUUCCAACGUAUUCACAAGAACAGGAGGAGGAGAUGCAUGUCUUUUAACCCCUAUAGAGUACCACUAGCAUUAAAAUUAGCAGGAGGAUUUUCAGGUAUAGUAAAAGGAAAUCACUAAAUGCAGAUUUUUCAAAACAUUAACCGAGCAGUCAAAAUAAAACACGUGAAAAAUAUUUGCAUGUACGAGUUAAUUGGUCCAAAGAGCCUCCCCUUACUGUUGAAUAUUUUAAAAAUAAAGAGCAAGUACACUGUGCGGGACGAGGGAGACCUUUACCGCUUCGAUUAUGAGAGUGUGACGCUGCCCUACGACUUCGUCAUUCCGCUGUACGCCCUGCUGCCAAAGACCAUCGGCCCGUUUUUGCUAAACUAUAAGGUUAGUGACUGCGCGGCGCAGAAAUGGGCGGAUGGGAGAAGCGGAGACGGGAAGGAAGGGCGUGCCAAUGAUAAGAGCGCCAAUGAGAAGAUCGCCAAUGAGAAGAUCGCCAAUGAGAAGAUCGCCAAUGAGAAGGGCGCCAAUGAGAAGGGCGCCAAUGAGAAGGGCCCCCUCGAGAGGGGCGCCCCAAAUGACAAGGCCGGCGAGCCCCCCGUUCAAAGGGCAAGCCCAAACGACAACGAUAACGACAUCGACCUGGCCGAAAACGCGUUCGACUAUUUAAGAACAAAAAACGGAAACCGAACAUUAAAAGCGAGCAGCUUCAGCCCAUACGACAAUAACAUCCUGAUGAAUGAGAGAAUCAAACAGAACGUGAUAAAAAAUAUAAAAGUGAACAAAUACGAGCAUGUCCGGAGCAAAAAAAAAAAGAAGGUGAAAACGUGCAUAUUGAAAAUGCUCCGAAAUAAUAAAAACAUUCAGAGCCCCACGCACGACGAAAACGCAAUACAAAGCUACAUAGAAGAUUUCCUACACAAAUCAGAAAACGAAAAAAAAAAUGGAGAACAAACAAAAAAAGCGAAAGGCGAUAAGGAGAUUAGUGCAAUUUACGCGGAACUGAAAAAAAACAAACUCACCAUCUCGCAAAAUUGUAAAAAGUACAUUAAGAUUCCCAUCCUGGUGAUCAACCAAACGUGUAAUAAUAAUCAGAGGUACUUCAUUCUCUGCCCAGCAAAGAAAAAAAGCUCAGUUCUGUUCCAGCUAUUGGUACGUAAUGGAUCCAUAGCCAUCGGAUUAAAAGAAAGAGAAAAAAUACUCAAGUGUUCAGACUUUAUAUGUUAUCCAAAAGACUUCCCCGAUUCGCAUGGUGGAAUUUUAUAUAACAGUUUUAGAGAACAGCUAGCCAAAAAUAAAUAUUUUAAAAAGCCACUAAGGAAGAGAAUUAAUUACUAUUGCCUAGCCAUAAACAACCCCUUUAAUUAUUCUUGGCUGUGCAUUUUCCCCUACAGCACUCACAUAAAAAUUGUGAGGACUACUGACUGGUACAAUCAAUUCUUGUUGAAGACCUUCCUACAUCGAUUUUUAUCCAUUUCGUUAAAACGAUUAUAUCUCUUGGAUACCAUGGAUUCUUUUUACAAUUUUAUUGAUGAGUUUAAGGCCAAGUUUUCUGUCUUUUCAACAUACUUCAUUUCUGUAUAUGUUCAUGCGUACAGGGAAGGAACACCUGAGCGCCUCUCGCAUGUUUGUUCCCUUACGGUGGAGCAAUUGGCCAAGUUUUUCAUGAUUGCGUCGGACCAAAUCAGGAUAAACGCCAAGGGGCGGGAGUUUCCCUUCCUGGCGCUCAUCAGGAAUAUCGACUCGGUGUACUACUCGCACGGCUCGGCACAAUUCGUACCACCGCGAGUUUAUUGCGUAUUUCUUUCCUUUUAUGUUUUUUGCCACUUUGGGAAAGACAUGGAUCUGGUCAUUCACCUGGCAGUAUAA